AGCAGAACCGGGGGAGUGGGUGUGGGUGGGGCUAAAGGGGGGGAGGAGUUUAGAGAUAGUGACGUCACGUAUAGCGUGGCCCCGCCUCCCGCGUGCCUCUGGCAGUUUGGGCGAAAGGAGGUGGUAGAGAGGCGCGGAUAGCAGCAGCAGCAGCCUCGAGUGGAGAUCAGCUGAGGAGGAGUGGAUCCCAGCUUGGUUUGGGCGAAAGGCGGCGGUAGAGACGCGCGGAGAGACGACAUCGUCCAUCAGCUGAAGCCAUCGGAGAGAGACUCGACGAGAGACCCGGACGACACGAGGAACGACAUGAGCUUUGUACGCAACGCUGCUCUGCAAGUCGCCGCCAUGGAGAUGAGCAACGCUAAAGGUGGGAGCAAUGGCGGGUCUUGCGACACUGCGGGUACUGCCUCCAUCCGGAGAAAAUCACCCAAAGAAAUCCUGGGUCUUAUUGGCCCUCAACUAACUCACCGAGAGAAAGCAGAACUUGCCGCCAUGAAAGACAUCUGGUACUUUACGUUCCACAACGAUUCCCGGGGCAUCAAUAAUUAUGGCUACGACGACGAAAACCAUAAUUACAUUCUGGACCCACAUGUGCAGCUCAACUACCGUUAUGAGGUGCUCAAGACAAUUGUGGUGGGAGGUCAAGGCCAGGUCAUCGAGUGUCGUGACCACAAGACAAAUAACAUCGUGAUCGUGAAGAUGUUGGUCACACCCUUAAGCUCCACGGAUAAAAUAUUGGAGAUGGGGCUCAAGAGGGCUAUGAAACGUCAGCGCAAAGACUAUAACCAGGACUCCAACGUCGUCAAUGUCCUGGAUGAUUUCACUUUCAGAGGGCACUACUGCAUCGUGCUGGAGUUGUUGAAGGAGAGUCUCCAGCAAGUGAUUGAAGCAGCAGGGCUCCGGGGCUUGGACAUGGCGUUGAUUAAAGCAUACACCAGGGAAAUCCUCACAUUCCUGAAGCAUAUGGAGUUGAAGCAGUUCGUCCACGCAGCCAUCAGGCCAAACAACAUCAUGGUCAAAGACUCCGUGGCUGGCACCAUUAGGGUCAUGGAUUUUAAGACCAGCUUUAUUGUGGGAAGUCAACCCAGACACGGUGAUGCCCUGCCAUACAUAGCUCCGGAGAUGUUGCUGGGCUAUGAUUUAACCUGCACUGCCGACAUUUGGUCACUGGGCUGCAUUGUAGCAGAGAUGGCCACUGGAAAGAAAUUAUUCCAGCCCAACAACGAAGACGAUUUUCUUCUGGCCUGCAUGGAGAGGCUGGGUUUGCCACCUAGAAGCUUCAUACAUGCCGCUCCUUACGGAUUGAUAUACUUUGGUGGUUGGAAGAGACCAUACAGCCUGCCGGGGAGCUUCCCACUACGCUCUGUGCUCAAGAGCCAGGACACGGAGUUUGUGGACUUUAUCAGCCUCUGCCUCCAAUGGGAUCCAAAUCUUCGGAUGACUCCCACUCAGGCGCUCGCACACAGCUGGCUUCAGAACAUGGCUGAGGUCUAUGAUCAAGAGGCAGCCACGGUCACCACCAGCACGAACAUUACCACCGCUACCACCACCGCUGCUAGCAGUGUGCAGGGCCUGAUCAUGCUGAGAUCCAGAGAAGAGGGCUCCGGAGAAUACGAUGCAAAGUCUGGAGCCGCUGAGCCACGAGUGAAACCGGUGCAGCCCACCUCCUCACUUGCCCAGGCCUCUGAAGAGGAAACAGAAGUUGUGGUGGAAAAUGAGGGAGAGCAAAAGACGGAGGUGGAGGAGGAAGAGAAUACAGAGGAGGAGGAUGAGGAGACAGAUGAAGAGACAGAUGAGGAGACAGAUGAAGAGACAGAUGAGGAGACGGAGGAUACAGAGGAGGAGACGGAGGAGGAGACAGAGGAGGAGACGGACGAGGAGACGGACGACGAGAUGGACAAGGGGGGAAAUAUGAUGGAGAUGGUGAUGGAGGAGAUGAUGGUGCAGAAGGUUGAGAAGUUAGAAGAGAAUGAGGUGAAGGUGAAGAUGGACGAGGAAAAGAUGAAGACUGGAGACAACUACGUCAGCAGCCACGGCCUGACCUGA